CCGGAGAGGGACGGGUUGGGACGCACUGUCCUUUUGCCCUUCCCCCUCUGCGAGCAGAAGCUGACUCCACUGGAGCGAGGGUCGCAGAGCUGGGGGAUUUCAGUCUCGACAUAGUUUUGUAGCCGGAUUUUGAAGAAUGAUUCGUGAAUCCCGAAUGGGUGACAGCGUCAUUACGGCAUUUUAUUGACAGACCAUGGAUUCUUAUGAUGCAUCAGAAUCAACUCCUAGACAAAGUACAUCCUUAAGGCCUGAAGAUUACUUUAUAGGUGCCACUUUUCUGCAGAAACGAUUAGAAUCAGUUAGGAAGCAGACUUCAUUUAUCCCGACUCCACCUCGAAGGAAAAUUCCCCAUUGCUCACAGUUACAGGAAGAUGUUGACCCUCAAAAGGUUGCAUUCCUUCUGCAUAAACAGUGGACUUUAUAUAGUUUAACUCCCUUAUAUAAAUUCUCCUAUAGUAAUCUCAAAGAGUAUUCUAGACUUCUGAAUGCUUUUAUUGUUGCUGAAAAGCAAAAAGGGCUUGCUGUGGAAGUGGGAGAAGACUUCAACGUCAAAGUGAUUUUUUCUACUGUCCUAGGAAUCAAGGGAACACAAAGGGACCCUGAAGCAUUCCUAGUCCAGAUUCUGUCAAAAUCUCAAUUGCCAUCUGAGAAUAGAGAAGGUAAAGUGCUGUGGACUGGCUGGUUCUGCUGUAUAUUUGGAGAUAGUCUUCUGGAGACUGUUUCAGAAGAUUUCACCUGUCUGCCCUUAUUCCUUGCAAAUGGAGCAGAGUCUAACACAGCCAUAAUUGGAACUUGGUUUCAGAAAACUUUUGACUGUUAUUUCAGUCCUUUAGCAAUCAAUGCAUUUAAUCUUUCCUGGAUGGCUGCCAUGUGGACUGCAUGCAAAAUGGACCAUUAUGUGGCUACUACUGAAUUUCUUUGGUCUGUACCCUGUAGCCCUCAAAGUCUGGACAUUUCUUACGCAAUACAUCCAGAGGAUGCAAAAGCUUUAUGGGACAGUGUCCACAAAACACCUGGGGAGGUUACCCAGGAAGAAGUUGACUUAUUCAUGGACUGCCUUUAUUCACAUUUCCAUAGGCAUUUCAAAAUUCAUUUAUCAGCCACAAGAUUGGUUCGUGUUUCAACAUCUGUAGCUUCAGCACAUACUGAUGGAAAAAUAAAGAUUCUGUGUCAUAAAUACCUUAUUGGAGUGUUAGCAUAUUUGACAGAACUGGCAAUUUUUCAAAUUGAGUGAGGCCUUAUGUGGACUAUAAGUUAAAGAUUAUAUACCCUUUUCUUAUUGAUUACUUGCCCAAUUGCUAUGCUGAAAGAGACUGCGGGAGAAAUAGGCAUCUAUCUCUUCAUCUGUUUUCCCCACCAUGCCUUUGGAGUUGCCAAGAUGGAAGUCAAGAAGGAUCUAGAAGAACAAAGAAUAUGGUAGUAGAUGAGCAACAGUCAGGUGCCCAUGUUGUAAUCAUGAUGAUCUGGCAUGCCACUCUCAAAAUGCUGAGUUGUUAAUUUCUUGUCAUCUUUAAAUAUGUCUAUAUAGGCUGGGCUUGGUGGCUCACACCUGUAAUUCCAGCACUUUGGUAGGCUGAGGUGGGUGGAUCAUUUGAUGUCAGGAGUUUGAGACUAGCCUGGCCAACAUGGUGAAAAUCUCUACUGAAAAUACAAAAAUUAGCUGGGUGUGGGGGUGCAUGCCUAUAAUCCCAGCUACUGGGGCAGCUGAGGCAGGAGAAUUGUUUGAACCCAGGAGACAGAGGCUGCAAUGAGCCAAGAUUGUGCCACUGCACUUCUGCCUGGACAACAGAGUGAGAUUCUGCCUCAAAAAAUAAAAAAAUAAAUAAAUACAGUGUUUAUUAUGUUUAAACGCUUAGGAUUCAAAUGAGAUAUAUCUAAUGGAUAUUUCUGAUUUGGGUCUUUAGAAAUCUUUAAAAAGCAUUUUAGACUUGCAUUCAGAAAGAACUGUCUUCUAAAGACAUUUUCCUAGCCAUUUCCCUGCAGAGAACUGGCAAUCAAAAUAUCCUCAAAAGGGAACUAAAGAUUAAUAUACACAUUGUUUUAGCCAUGAAUAUGCUUCCGUUUUAAAUACAGUUCAACUCCUGUUGCAAUGUUGAAUUAAAUGUUUAUUUUAAAAUGAA